AUGUCGUAUGACAGGUACGUGGCUAUCUGCAGGCCGCUGCAAUAUCCAGUCCUUAUGAGGAGCAAAAUCUGCAACAUCAUGUCAGUAGCUGCCUGGUUUUGGUCUUCUGUGCAGUCCUUGACCUGUUCCCUUUAUGUACUGCCACUUCCCUACUGCAAGUCCAAUGUGAUCAGGCACUACAUGUGCGAUUACCCAGCCCUUGUCCAGUUGUCCUGCUCUGACAAUUCUGCAUUUGAGAGAACAACAUACUUUGGUAAUUUCAUGGUCCUUCUCAUCCCCAUCUCAGUCAUCCUGGCUUCCUACAUAGCCAUCCUCCUUCAAGUUCUCAGAGCACGUUCCUCUGGAAAUAGCCACAGGGCCUUGGGGACCUGCUUGUCCCAUUUGUGUGUGGUGGCGAUUUUCUACCUUACGGCCAUUUUGAUGUACAUGACACCUGCUGCUUCCUAUUCAGCAGAAAGGGCCAUGAUAAACACUGUGUUUUUUACCAUUGCGCCUGCCAUGAUGAACCCUUUCAUAUACAGCCUGAGGAACCGGGAUGUCAUAGCAGCACUGAGAAAGCUAUUUGCAAGAUGCACACUGUGUCAAUGA